AUGAGUGGUUUUCUUUCUGAGAUGAUCAAAUUACCGCUAUUCGAAAAUACUGGUAAUGGAACAUCUCUUAUGUGUCCUGGUAAUAAUACUACUAGCAGUUUAAAAACAUACGCAGACUUUUUUUCUCAAGUAGAGACGUUCAUCCCUAUCGCAGGUCUUCUUUUUACUAUAGUUAUUUAUGGUACAAAAUCUAUAUUUGGAAUUAUGAUAACCUGCUUUCUUGAUGAUAUUGUUAUUAUUACAUCUUCUUUUGGACCGAUUUUUUGGUGGUACACUUUUUCCAAACCAUUCUGGUUUUAUGGAAUAAUAAAUCAGCUCCAUGAUUCAAAUUACAACCAUAAUCCUAUCUAUUCAACAGUUCUUAAUGUUUUGUUCGGAAGUAUGACAAUUAUUCUGUUUUUGGGGGAAAUUAUCAGGCUUUAUUUUCACAAAUGUCGGAAUAAGCUCAAUGAAAAGUCAUUAUGGUUUCAAAUUCUUCCAGAGAAGUUUCGUCUUACCAAUAAAGAAUUAUUCAGUGCUUUAAAAGCACUUUAUAUUUGGAUUUUCAACACUAUUUUUGUCAUCAUUUUGACUCGUUCAAUUGCAUCAUUCUUUUCUGACAAUGGAGUAAUUGAAUGUAUUUAUAAACAUGGUGAAUAUGAGAAGGUUUUUGCAGAAAUCAAAGUUAAAAAUAUCAACGAGGUUGUAUAUUUUUAUAAAAAUGAUAUAAAAUACCGAAUUAGUUCUGCGAAAGAAUAUUUUUAUAUUUGUGAAGAAGAUGAUGAUGAAGGAAAAAAUGUAGACAAAAAAAAAAAUGGAGUUGAAGAAAAAAAUUAUGUCCUGAUUUUUCUUAGUGUCUUUUUUUAUUUUUUCUUUGUUAUCUAUGAAUUAUUUAAAAAAUUAUUUGAAAUAAUUAGUGAUAACCGAGUGCAUUUUUAUCAGCUUGAGUAUAAAUACGACGAGGAAAAACAGAUAGAGGAACUAAAGGAUAAAAUAUUCAAAAAGUAUUUUCUUAAAGUGAAAAAAUAUCUUUUUGGGCAAAGAGUCUUUGAAUGUGACCCAAUCCUAAAAGAAAUCAAGAAAAUUACCAAGGCGAAGACAAAAUGUUCUCAUUUUAUUUGCGAAAAACUCAAAAAGGAUAUGGAAAAAACCACGGGAACGGAAAUUCCGGGAGAAAAUAGAGUGAAACCAAAAAUAAAAAGGAUAAAAGUGGAAUGGACAGGAGCGGAAGAUAAGGUGCGGAUCAACAUACUUGAAACUGGUGCUCUUAAUUAUUUUAUUUACUCUCACCAUAAAGAUUCUAAAGAUAAGUGCGAAAACAAAAAGGAAAACGAGGAAAACGAGCAAAAAGAGGAAAAUGAGGAUAUAUGUGUUGACAUUAGUGAAGUUGCAUCAACUUCUACUUCACUUACAUCUGCACCUUCAUUGUCAAAUUUAACUUUAGAUUCUUUUUACGAAGUUCAAUCAAUUAAUUUGCCAAAACAAAAAAAGGCAUAUAAUUUACGAGGAGGAUGCAAAAGAAAAAAUGCUGUAUGGAAGUAUUUUAACCUAAAGGUCAAGAAGUAG